UCGACUCCGUGAACCCUCCCCCUUUCCUCCCCAAAAAUACAAUUAACAAACCCUAAAAUCAAACAUCUGAUCUCUUACAAUUUCCUAUCUGGGAAAAAAAUAUAAAAGAAAAAAAAAAGGAGAAAGGGAGUGAGAGAGGGAGAAACCCGAGAGCUAAUGCUAAAAUUUUAUUCUCUACCAAUCGUGCCCUAACCUUUUCCCCCAAUUGACAUCUUUGCCCUUCUUCCCAAACCAUCAAAUUGAAAAACAUCUCACUCAAUUUCAAGCUCGGAAGCCCCUGAAAUCUUGCUUCUGUUUAGUGGAUCAGACUUGGGUUUCGUCUGAAUUUGGUUUGUUUUUUGAGCGGAUGGUCUGAGGGGCUUCUUGAGGUCGGUUGGUGGAUAUAGAAGAAUGGGUAGCAGUGAGAUGGAUAAAACUGCAAAAGAAAAGGAGCCAAAGACACCACCUGCUACUACUACACAGGAGCCGUCUUCCACCACUAACUCGGGUACAGUAAAUGCAGACUGGUCAGGAUUUCAGGCUUACUCUCCCAUUCCACCACAUGGGUUCUUGGCAUCUAGUCCCCAAGCGCCCCCAUAUAUGUGGGGUGUUCAGCAUUUAGUGCCUCCUUAUGGCACCCCACCACAUCCUUAUGUUGCAAUGUAUCCUCAUGGUGGAAUAUACGCACAUCCAUCCAUUCCCCCAGGAUCCUAUCCUUUUAGUCCUUUUGCUAUGCCUUCUCCAAAUGGCAUUGUCGAGGCUUCUGGAAAUACUUCUGGAACCAUGGAAACAGAUGGUAAACCCUCUGAUGUGAAGGAAAAAUUGCCAAUUAAAAGAUCAAAAGGGAGUUUGGGCAGUUUAAACAUGAUUACCGGAAAGAACAAUAAUCUUGGUAAGACAUCAGGAGCUUCCGCGAAUGGAGUUUAUUCUAAAAGUGCCGAGAGUGGAAGUGAAGGCACAAGUGAAGGCAGUGAUGCAAACUCCCAGAGCGAUUCACAAUUGAAGUCUGGAGGAAGGCAAGAUUCUGGAGAAGGUGAAGCAUCUCAAAACGGAAGUGCAGCGCAUGGUCCUCAGAAUGGAGGCCCUAAUGCACCUCAUACGAUGGUGAAUACAGCAAUGGCCGUUGUACCUAUAUCAACUGCUGGGGCUCCCACUGCUGUUCCUGGUCCCACUACAAACUUACAUAUUGGGAUGGACUACUGGGGGACCCCAGCUUCAUCUGCUGUCCCUGCAAUGCGUGGGAAGGUUCCUUCAACUGCAGUUGCGGGAGGAAUAGUAACUCCUGCAUCACGGGACAGUGUUCAGUCACAGCUUUGGUUGCAGGAUGAAAGGGAGCUUAAAAGACAGAGAAGGAAGCAAUCAAACAGAGAGUCUGCUCGCAGAUCCAGGUUGCGUAAACAGGCGGAAUGUGAUGAGCUGGCUCAGCGUGCCGAAGCCUUAAAAGAAGAGAAUGCCAAUCUUAGGUCUGAAGUGAAUCGUAUCAAGUGCGAGUAUGAGCAGCUUGUGGCAGAGAAUACUUCUCUCAAGGAGAGGCUAGGGGAAAUUCCUGGGCAUGAGGAUCUGAAGUCUGGUAGGAAUGACCAACAUACAAAUAAUGAUGGGCAAACAGAGCUUGUGCAGGGUAGUCACUAGAAUUCACACACCCUGUUUCAUGCCUCUUUCCGGGAGCAUAACCUAACCAAAUUUAGCUACAGAAAGUUUUUAUUCUGCAUAGCAUGUUUAAAUUUUAUCAAAGCUGACCUUGAUAGUUUUUAGGUUCCCUUUUAUCUCUUAUAAUCCAUCACCCAUGAUUUGGCUUUACCUUUACAAAUCAAAGCCUUAGGAUGUGGUUUGUAGACUGAUAUUAUGUACCUUUCUCUGUUCAAAGAAGGGUAGUAUGCACAGUUUUAACUUUUCUUGCUUGUUUAAUGUUAAAUAUUGUUGAUGAAUGUGUAACUGAGGGAAGUAAUGAACUCUGAUUCAUUUUAAGAGUCGGGUGUUGGCA